AUGCGUGGUGGGAACAAUGACGUCCAAGUGCCAUACAGGUUGCCAUACGCGUGUGCAACGUGUGGCGACUCGCUGUCGGGCAAAGAGAAACAACUCAUAGCGUUAGCAGCCCAGCGUGCCCAAGAUGCGCAAACAGGUUAUUGCAGCGAUUAUUGUUCUAAAAAUCAGCCCAUGGGGUUCCACGAGAUCAAAGAAUUUCAGAAAGGGCACAUCGCUUUACAUGCAUCCUUAAAGCAGGCAGACGUGGAGCAUAUUGGCAAAAGACAUGCAAACCGUUUUUUAAGUGACGCCUACUGCAAAGGCCUGGUGCGCGGCCAAGUUGAAUGUUGCAAUCUGCGUGCCAACCACAUCGAUGGCUCGAUUGUAGCCGCGGAACGUGUGUCCUCGUGCAACUUCACCGUGUUUCCUGGACACGUUUAUUUACAGCUACUGGAAAGGUUGGACGGAAAAGAGGCCGGGACCAAUAUAGCAUAUGUUCGAACGCGGAAGGCACCAGGAUCCGGAGCGCAGCAUGUGCGGGAAGCGGUAACUGGACAAGCAUAUAGUCAUCGGCCGUCGGACUCCGAGUGCUGGUGGCUGUCCCCAUACGAGUUCACCAUGCACUGGGAGUUGGUUCCAGCGCGCAUUCCGCAUUCCCGCGCCGAAUGGGAGGCAGCUAGUCCCGACGCCUGGGAUGUAGCACUGACCCCGGUCGGGGAACAAAAAUUGUUGCAAAGCCCGCUCCACACCGCUGCCAAAUUGAAGCCGAGCACAGAUUACCGGUUGAAAGUCCUGCGUUCCUGCGACCGCGUUUAUUUCGCAUCCGCUGCGGCCACUGCAGUGCUUCGACACAACUGGUAUUUGCAGCGCCGUGUGCGCCCACGGUGUCCUCAUUUCGCGAAUGCUCCGGUACCGCAGCGCUGGGCUGAUGCCGCGGAUCGCAACGCCCGAUUGACGUGCCUUUAUUUUCGAGCCUGGACUUUAGACCUGACGCGGGCCACAUCACAAGUCCCUCACCUAAGUCAGUUGUUGGGAUCCAAUGAGACGUGGGAAGAUGCUCUGCGAGAGUGGCUGCUUCGGUUGCCUUGCGCCGAAACAAAGCGCCACGUGGGUAAUUUCUUGUCGGUAUAUCGUGUCCGGCCCAGCGCGGAAGCAGACGCCAACAGCGAUGACGAUGGUGUGGACGAACCGUUUACAUUGUGUCCAGCCGAUGUGGCGGCAGCACUCCGCACACAGUUCCCGGCGCAGAAAGCGAGCAGCAGCAAAGCCGCAAACGACGACCGGGCAAUCCGAAGCGAAUCGGCCAUGAACACAGCAGAUCAACUUUGGCAGGCACCGGCGCGACCGCAGAGAAGCUCUGGUGACUCUGGUGCAAGCACACCAUACAGUGCUUUGGAUCUGAAAGCCAUGCAGCAAGCUGCCCGGAAACGAUUCAACGCCGGACCCGCAGUUGCUUCACCCGAACCCAGUUCUGUGACAGUGCACCCGUGUCAAGCAUCCGCUGCGGCUGUGCGAACGUGGGCCGCUGCCUUGUCGCAUGCACCGUGCAACCCGGAGCAGCGAGCUUUUUGCGAGCUAGUCGCCGCACGCGUGGAAACCGAACUGGCAGCCGGCGCUUCCGCCACGGGAUCUGGCCUUGUGGCUUCACAGAAUCCGACUUUGGCGCAGCCGCAUGGAAAGCUCGCCACGCGGAUCGCCGCUGCUGCAGAGAAUGUGCCACCAAAGUACGCGGCUGUUGGCAAUGUCGCCAGUGCGCGGAACGCAAGCCACGAACAGAGUUUACAGCUUGGCAACAAGGUCGUGAAUAUACUCAAGACGGCACACAAGUAUGCAACGCAUGCACAGCCUUUGCCUUCGUUUGCCGUCUUGCUCAUCGCACGAAUCAACGCCUGGCCCGCUUGCGCCAACGCGAAACCCGUUCACAUGGUCUCUGACUACUUUGGUCUUGGGAGGUUGGGUGCCGACAUCGGUGCCGACAUGUCGUUGGUGGACUACAGUGGCUACGGCCGCGUCCGGGGAGGUCACACCUUCUUCCGGUUUAACCCUAAACCCUGCCCCAACAGAGUGGAUCUGGUCUUUGGCUCCACUCUUUUUGGCAGCCCUGUCCUGAAAGCCACCAAAGCGCCCGGCCUCACGUUCGCUGUCCCGGGGUGGCUGGCAGCCCCUCGUGUGACGGCGUUCGAGGUUGGCCUCGGGUCGGGCGGAUGCGCGGUCCAGGCAGGUGUCGUCAAAACUCGCGGGGUGAGCUGGUGGCGUUCUCGUCGCCUGGGGUGUGAGUACCUCCAGGCGACAAUGACUUUGCUGAAGACGGAGAAAACGCGCGUUCCAGCGCGCACUCUUGCUGUGAUUUGCACUGAGCUGGAUGACGAGGACCGGCAGCCUUUCCAGUUGCAGCGGAAAGUGGCCGAAACUUCAGGCGCCGGAAGAUGUGCCGAAGCCUUCCUGGGCACAGGUGGCGGCGAAAACGGCCAGGGGGACACCGAAGGGUAUCCGAUCGGGGUGAAGCUCUGGUACUCGGUGUCAUCCAUGGCUCGUCUCUAUCGCUUGCUGGAAGGGAAGCUCUCCAAGGGUCUACCCAUCUGGAAGCGCAUUGGUUUUGGGCAGGAGGCGUGGAUCUAUAGUGGACCCAAUGGACGCUGGUACGUGAGCAACAACAAGGUGGUGGAGCAAAACGACUUCCAGUGCGGUCGUGGCUUGAUCUCAUCCUUGGAGCAUCGGAAUCUCCUCCCCGUGAUGUUGGAGGAAGAUUCCUGGCAGUACAAGGACCAGUAUGGAUGGAACAAAGAUCUUCAGAUCAGCUUCUCCAUCUAUCCCCCACCUGCGCCUGAGCGGCUUUACAUCACUUCCCCGAACGGCUUCCAGAAGCUCUCUGGUGAGUACCAACUGUCAACCUCCCAUGCCAACGGGCAUCCCUUGUGGCAACGUGCCGGCUGGGGAGAAGAGGCCUAUCUCUACAGCGGCCGCAGUGGCAAAUGGUAUGUCGUUUGCAAGCAACUGGUGGUGCAGAGGAACUUCGAGUGUAACCUCGGGGGCUUGGUGUCUUCUCAUCCGCAUGCAGGCUUGCCACCAGAUGCCUUCAGCGGUUCUCAUCGAGGAUGGGGUAUCCGAAGCCAAUGUGGCUGGGAGCAAGACGAGGAUAUCCGUAUUGGAACGCAUCCCUUCGAAGCGCCCAGCGCCAGUUUGUGGGUCACCUCGCCGGGGCGUGGUCUCAAGGCGACGGGGCGCUUUGACCUACUGGAAGGCCAGUUUGCCAAUGGCUUCCCCUUGUGGCGUCGUGCGGGGCUGGGUGCAGCAAUGUGGCUCUUCAGCGGAAACAAAGGAAAAUGGUGCAUCAGUGAUCACACUGCAGCGGAGCAGUACAAGUUCCGAUGUAACAGUGGCUUCAUGCUGUCCGAAGCAGCGCAUGUGGGGCUGCUGCCAGAGCAGGUGCCAUGGAGCCAGGAGGGCGGCUCAUCCUCAUCGGCCGUCUCGGUGAUGACCAAGCUGCCUGCGGUUCCAGAGGUGAUGUAUUUGAUCUCUCCCAAUGGACAGCAGAGAAAGGCAGGAACGUAUCAGUUGGUGGACACCCUGUGCCACGGAUAUCCGGUAUGGAAGAGCUCCGAUGGCAAGCGACUUCUCUACACUGGUAAUGAUGGCAGAUGGUACUUUGGAGGUAUCAACGAAGUCACAGUCAGUGACUUCAACUGCGCUUCUGGGGUGGUUUGUUCAGAUCCUCAUGGUGGAGUGCUUCCACAUGAGAUCGGCUGUUGGCAGCUCUGGAGUGAGGAAGGUUGGCUGUUGGACGAGGGGAUUUCAGUGUGGCUCUCAGCGCCCAAGGCGCAGAGGCAGCUCUACCUGGUCUGCAGGAAUGGCUCUGAACGGCUGGCAGGCAUGUAUGCCCUUCUGGAAGGUCAAAGUGCCAACAGUUUGCCGCUGUGGAAGAGAGAGGGCCUGGGAGAAGAUCUAUAUCUAUACAGCGGCAGCGAUGGCAAGUGGCACGUGGGCGACGAAGAGGUGGCGCGAAAAGGCUUCGACUGCGACCUGGGCUCCUUGUGCUCCUGUCUGCAUGGCGCAGCGAUGCCCAACAUGCUGCCCAGUGGCGCAUGGGAAAGGUGUAGAGCACACGGCCGUGGUGUUCCAGAUUCUUCCGUGGCAUUUAUGGGGCGGCUGCCGGAGUAUCCCGUGGAGAUCUCCAUCUUGAGCCCAGCGGGGCAACAGUGCAAGAAAGACAGGAUCCACGGCGUGGCAAAGGACCUGCUGAAUGAUCCGCAGACUUUGGCCGAGAGGUUGCUGCAAAGAUUGAGCAAGGGAGGAGAACCUUUCCUCUUCCGUUUGCUGAUGCUUCACUUGGUAGCAAGGCUCAUUGGAAGGCACCAGCUACAGGUUCUGAAUCUUUAUCCGUUCUUGCAAAAAUACUUGGUUCCAACACAAAAAGAGGUGACCAAAGUGAUGGCAGCACUAGUUGAGGCAUCACAUCCUGCUGUCCCGCCAGAAGAGGUGCGGCCGGUGGUUCUUCACAUAGUCAGAUACUUUGUGACAGAGGCCCAGUCACCAGAGGUGAUCGAAAUUGGCUUAAACACCAUUCGAGAAGUCUGUGCCAGGUCCAUCAAUAUUCUUACAGAAGAGGAGCUUACAGAUCUUUGUGGCUUUCGGAAGCACAAGAACAAAGGUGUCUCCAUGGCAGUUCGCAGUCUGAUCAACACCUACCGAGAGCUUCAUCCACAGCUGCUGCACCGGUCCUUGCGCGGCCGCGAGGCCACGGUGGCCGUAAGUCGUGGAGAAGUGCAGGCUCCACAGUUCGGUGAGAUGCAGGCCUCUGAAAAGAUCGAGGGUUUGGAGCUGUUAGCAGCCAAGAAGGGCAAGCACGAAAAGGAGGUGGGCGACGGGAUGGAUUUGAUGAGCGAGAAAGUGUUGAGCCCGGAAGACUUCAAGCAGCUCCGCAAACUCAGACUGCAGAAGUCCAUUGAGCAACCUAGCUGCAACAAGAAUCGAUAA